CAGGGGCGGACUGACCAUUUGGAAACUCGGGCACUGCCCGAGGGCCCGGGGCCAGUAGGGGGCCCCAUGGGAUGCCCCUGGUACCUUUUUCAUAGGCAUUUUUCAGUUUGGGCAAGGACACAGGGGCCCCAUGAUCCCCUAUUGCCCGGGGGCCCCAUGAGUUGUCAGUCCGCCCCUGGUCAGUCCGCCCCUGUUCUGUCCCCUACUGCCCUGGGCAGAAAGUUUCUGUGAAUGUAAUAUGGUGUGGAUGGGGCUGAGAGUAGGCAUAUGCCCCUGGUACCUUUUUCAUAGGCUUUUUUGAGUUUGGGCAAGGACACAGGGGCCCCAUGAUCCCCUAUUGCCUGGGGGCCCCAU